GCGGAGCAUUGAAGGGGCAAUCAGGCUUCAGAUGUACAAGAACAGCACCCGGCGUACAGGUUAUCACUUUAUAACAACUGAAGUACGAAACUCAGUUUUAUUAGGAGAAUGAAGAUCCUUGCCUUGCUUUGGCUUUUUGGUAUUGGAUUUGCUGAUUUAUGUACAGUUCCUCGUGGUGGCACCAAUAUUGCUAGACAAGGCAUAGCAGAGCAGUCAUCUCCCUAUUUGAACCUUGGAGCUCCAAGCUUGGCCAUUGAUGGAAAAACAAGUGGUGUCUUCAGUGACUGGAGCUGCACCCACACCAGUAAUGAUGCUCCAUCUUGGUGGAGAUUGAAUCUGAAGACAGAAUACGCCAUCUCUGUGGUGGUGGUCUACAACAGACUGGACUGCUGUGACACGAGGUUGAUGGGGGCUGAAGUCCGAGUUGGUGAAACACCGGAUGUCUCAACACAUGUCAAAUGUGGCACAAUUGAGGCAACUUCUCCUGGGUCUGUUCACACCAUCUGCUGUAAUGGAAAGAGAGGUCAGUUUGUCAGUGUUGUCCUGCCGAAUCAGCCUCAGCAUCUGACACUCUGUGAAGUGGAGGUCUACGGAGUAAAAACGGUCUCACCCUGCAGACCUGCGGUAAAUGCAAUCAAUAUUGCUAGACAAGGCAUAGCAGAGCAGUCUUCUCCCUAUGGAAAUCUCGGACCUCCAAACCUGGCCAUAGAUGGUAAAGCAAGUGGCGUCUUUGGUGAAGGUACCUGCACCCACACCAACAAUGACUCUCCCUCCUGGUGGAGAUUGAAUCUGAAGGCCAGCUACGCCAUCUCCACAGUGAUGGUCUACAACAGGCUGGACUGCUGUGACACCAGGCUGAUGGGGGCUGAAGUUCGAGUUGGUGACUCACCUGAUGUCUCAAAGCAUGUCAAGUGUGGCACAAUUGAGGUAACUUCUCCUGGGUCUAUUCACACCAUCUGCUGUCAUGAAAAGAGAGGUCAGUUUGUCAGUGUUGUUCUGCCGAAUCAGCCUCAGUAUCUGACACUCUGUGAAGUGGAGGUCUACGGAGAAGAAAUCGUCUCACCCUGUAAACCUGCAUUAAAUGCAAUCAAUAUUGCUAGACAAGGCAUAGCAGAGCAGUCCUCUCCGUAUUUAAACUUUGGAGGUCCAAAUCUGGCCAUAGAUGGUAAAACAAGUGGCGUCUUCAGUGACUGGACCUGCACCCAUACCUCCAAUGACUCUCCCUCCUGGUGGAGAUUGAAUCUGAAGGCCAGUUACGCCGUCUCCAUAGUGGUGGUCUACAACAGGCUGGACUGCUGUGACACCAGGCUGACGGGGGCUGAAGUUCGAGUUGGUGACUCACCUGAUGUCUCAAAGCAUACCACAUGUGGCACAAUUGAAGCGACUUUUCCUGGAUCUGUUCACACCAUAUGCUGUGAUGAACUGAUUGGCCAGUAUGUCAGCAUUGUCCUGCCUAACCAACCUCAAUACUUGACCCUCUGCGAAGUGGAGAUCUAUGGAGAAGCAAUUACCCCAGAGUGUAAACCUGGACUAAACGCAAUCAACAUUGCAAGACAAGGUACUGCAGAGCAGUCCUCUCCGUAUUUAAACUUUGGAGGUCCAAAUCUGGCCAUAGAUGGUAAUAGAAGUGGCAUCUUCAACGACUGGACCUGCACCCACACCUCCAAUGACUCUCCAUCGUGGUGGAGACUGAAACUAAAGGCCAGCUAUGACAUCUCCAUAGUGGUGGUCUACAACAGACUGGACUGCUGUGACAAAAGACUGACAGGGGCUGAAGUUCGAGUUGGUGACUCACCUGAUGUCUCAGAGCAUGACAAAUGUGGCACAAUUGAGACAACCUACCCUGGAUCUGUUCACACUAUCUGCUGUAAUGGAAUGAGAGGCCAAUAUGUCAGCAUUGUCCUGCCAAACCAACCUCAGUAUCUGACACUCUGUGAAGUGGAGGUCUAUGGAGAACCAACCACCUCACCUGGCUCAAAUGGGUCUAAUUUAGCGGGUCCUCCAAUUUGUUUGUGGCCCUCAGGUGCUACAGGUCAUCAAGCUGCAGUUACCUGA